AUGGAAGUCAAUGUGCAUCAUGCAUUUUGGAAUUUCUCCCAUCUGUUUAUUCCCUAUAUCAAAGGGUGUGCGGUGAAACCUUUUAACAACACUCCACAGGCGACUAGGUGUGGCCACCACAUUGAUGGAUUUUAUACUUUGGUAAGAAGGUAACAAUUGAAAUGAUAUGAGAUACACACACACACACACACACACACACAAAAUAUUUGAAGAGUCCACAUUUAAAAUAUACUGAAAUUAGAAUUUAGUGGCAGGUUAAUUCUCCCUCUGCUGACAGCUUUUCUGGGAAGAUCUACUCCUGCCUACUUCAUACUGAUUUGUUUAAGGGAGGUAUCCUGUUGUACCAUUCUGAACUUGAUGCAGAUGCAGGGAACUUCCUGGCGCCAAGCACCUGGUGACGAGCAGCUUUCUUUGUGUUCAGAAGCCCUUUCUUCGGACCCUCUAAUAGGCUGCAGUUCCAGGCCCCAUGAAACCAUCUCCACUCCACCCUGUAAAUGUGGCUUAAGCCAUGUAUCAUGAUUAAACAGGAAAAUGUGGCAGUUAGUUCUCUUUCUCCAAGGUCUAUUCUUUCUCUGUUCCAUAUCAGCAAGGAUGGUGGCAAGGAGAGUGAUUGAUUAGUUAUUUCAAAGGUUUCUAUUGUCCUCCGAGUGCCUUCUAGCACAAUGCUCAAGGUUUCUUAGGAAUUCGUCUUACAGCCAUAGUUUUCACCGUGCAGUAGAUCUCUCCUCCCCCCUGCCCUGGGCCACCUGAAGAGGAAUGGGAAGAGAUUUUAGACUGGAGGUAGUCGGCAGGAUAGUCACCCUACUUUCCAGCAAGGCUUCAAUGACUUUGACAGUUCACUGAAUGAUACAAGAUUCAGCAGGUGACGUUCUUUCUAUGCAUUGAGAUUUGCAGUGCAAUCCUAUGAACAUCUACUUUGAAGUAAACACAACUAAGUUUAAUACUUCUCACUUCAAGGUAAGCAUGUAGAGAUUUUCAGCCACAAAGAUAAGUUGAAAAGUUGUAGAAGGGCACAAGAGUCCUGCAAAGGAGUUAAAAGAAAAGGCUGGUGGCUUGCUCUUUGUGUCUAGUAGGCUUUAUAGUUCAAAAUAGACCGAGCACAACAAGCUAUUUGAAUAUUUCCACGAUUGUUGUUCAGUCAAUUGACUGUAAAUGAAGCCUAUGCAAAUUUGGUUAACUGCCUGCAAUACUAUGGCACCUCUCAUAUUUAUAUGACUACUUGAAGAUUUUAAAAUUUUGUUUUAAGCUCCAUAAAAAAAAUGGGAUUCAAUCUUACUGUGUCAAGUCCAAAGUCGCUGUACAUUUGUAUGUUGGCUGCCUGUAACUGCGACUGCAAGCCUCUCGCUUUUCUUCAGCCUUGGUCAGUUCUCUUACCAAUAAGUUCCUUAUCAGUUCAAUAGUCAGGUGCUUCUUAGAUAGGGCUGGAUGGUGUUGUCUUACAGAAGAACUGGUACAUAACUCACCCACUAAGUCACGGAAGUCUUCUUGUGGAAAAAAAAGACCUUGGUACUCUGGUGGCUGAUGAGGUGAGUUUAUUAUUUUGCUUCUAUAAACACAUCAGUUGGAUUACAGUGUUUAGCAUUCACAUACAAGAGAUCCCAGCGAUUAAACCCCUACAUUGACAGAGUGGAGAAAAAGCCUUUGAAGAUUUUUGGGAUGGUUAAGGGUGUGUGUGUGAGGAAGUUAUAAUGUUAUAAUGUUAUAAUGUGUAGUUUGCUAGUUGUAGGUUGUCGUUUUGGCUAACUUGGAGCCCCUCAGAUGUAUUGGGACCAAAAUUUCCAUCAGUUCCAUCCAGCAUGACUAUGGCACAUAAAUGCUGCAAGGGAGACAGUUAUACCUGCUUCAAAUGCCUCAUGAUAUUCUUGUAAAGAAGCUGGUAAAAUGUGGUCUUGACUUUGCUACCACUCAGUGGAUUUGUAACUGGCUGACUGACCGAACCCAAAGGGUGCUCAUCAAUGGUUCCUCUUCAUCCUGGAGAAGAGUGACUAGUGGGGUGCCACAGGGUUCUGUCUUGGGCCCGGUCUUAUUCAACAUCUUUAUCAACGACUUGGAUGAUGGACUCAAGGGCAUCCUGAUCAAAUUUGCAGAUGACACCAAAUUGGGAGGGUGGCUAACACCCCAGAGGACAGGAUCACACUUCAAAACGACCUUGACAGAUUAGAGAACUGGGCCAAAACAAACAAGAUGAAUUUUAACAGGGAGAAAUGUAAAGUAUUGCACUUGGGCAAAAAAAUGAGAGGCACAAAUACAAGAUGGGGGACACCUGGCUUGAGAGCAGUACAUGUGAAAAGGAUCUAGGAGUCUUGGUUGACCACAAACUUGACAUGAGCCAACAGUGUGACGCGGCAGCUAAAAAGCCAAUGCAAUUCUGGGCUGCAUCAAUAGGAGUAUAGCAUCUAGAUCAAGGGAAGUAAUAGUGCCACUGUAUUCUGCUCUGGUCAGACCUCACCUGGAGUACUGUGUCCAGUUCUGGGCACCACAGUUCAAGAAGGACAUUGACAAACUGGAACGUGUCCAGAGGAGGGCAAGCAAAAUGGUCAAAGGCCUGGAAACGAUGCCUUAUGAGGAACGGCUAAGAGAGCUGGGCAUGUUUAGCCUGGAGAAGAGGAGGUUAAGGGGUGAUAUGAUAGCCAUGUUCAAAUAUAUAAAAGGAUGUCACAUAGAGGAGGGAGAAAGGUUGUUUUCUGCUGCUCCAGAGAAGCGGACACGGAGCAAUGGAUCCAAACUACAAGAAAGAAGAUUCCACCUAAACAUUAGGAAGAACUUCCUGACAGUAAGAGCUGUUCGACAGUGGAAUUUGCUGCCAAGGAGUGUGGUGGAGUCUCCUUCUUUGGAGGUCUUUAAGCAGAGGCUUGACAACCAUAUGUCAGGAGUGCUCUGAUGGUGUUUCCUGCUUGGCAGGGGGUUGGACUCGAUGGCCCUUGUGGUCUCUUCCAACUCUAUGAUUCUAUGAUUCUAUGAUUCUAAAAAAAUCAGUUUAAUCUCUCAAUUUCAGAAGGCUGACUUAGGGCCAGUGAAACAUAUUGUUCACAUUUCCUUUUCCAAUGUUUUUGUAUUAAAAUGGAAUGUAAAAACAUUAAAAAAUAUGAGAGGGGUGUAUUGUUGCCCAUUCUGCAUGCUGGUUUCUCUUUUUAUGAACUUCUGUAUUCCUGCAUUUUUCUGUUGAAAAGGCCAUUGGGGUGCACGUUUGCAAUAGCAUUUGGAGACAUUUUGUCCUUGUAAGUUGUGGAGUCCUUAGGGCGAUUAUGGUUUAAUACAGAUUGCUUAAUGGAUAUGACGUUGUGUACUUUAGGAACUGUUAGGAUUCCACCCCAGUGCUUUGUUUUGUCCCUGCAAAAGUUUAUAAGACAGCAGUUCCCUUCUAUUUAAUGGACUUAAUAUUCUGACCUUCUUCCCGUUUCAGGGUUACCAGGAACCAUAUCUGUCAGCUUUCAAACACCUGGGUCUAUUGUUUUAUGUUAUCAUAUGUUCCAGAGGGCAGAAUAUGUCAUGGGAAAAUUGUCCCAAAUUGUUUUUUAUAAGGAAGCCUGCAGUUUAAAUCUUAUACAGUGGUACCUCGGGUUACAGACACUUCAAGUUAGACUCCGUUAACCCAGAAAUAGUACCUCUGGUUAAGAACUUUGCUUCAGGAUGAGAACAGAAACCGCACGGCGGCAGCAGGAGGCCCCAUUAGCUAAAGUGGUACCUCAGGUUAAGAACAGUUUCAGGUUAAGAACAGACUUUCAGAACGAAUUAAGUUCUUAACCAGAGGUACCACUGUAUAGCAACAACUUGUUGGGUCACAGCCAUACUUGGAUGUAGCCCAUUACAUUGUUAGGUGUUUUAAAACUAAUUCACUACAGCCCUUUGGGGGAGUUAUAUAACUUCUGUAAUAGCCAAUAAUGUUUUGGAUGGUUGGUGGAGAAUUUGCCCCCAAUCUGAGCCCUAUGAUCAGCUGCAGAGGCCUUGCUUGCAGACCUUGCAUGGUGGGAACAUGAAGUGAGGUCUUCUUCAUGGUGGCUCUGUGGUAAAACAGAAACCUGUCAAAAUGGAGAUAGUUCAGUAUCCAAGGAUGCUAACUCUAUAAAAUAAAGGAUAGAGGGGGAUGUAUUGGUGGUGAUGGGUAACACUGUAAGUGAGAGGGCAUGCAAACUAGAAAAAUAAGAGGAGUAGCUGCCUUCACAGAUCACUGUGGGUAGUAAUUGUAGACCCAAAAAAGAAAUUUUUUACUGGAAACUUUCAUUUCUAAAGAGGAUCUCAAGCUGGAGAAAGAAAACAGGAAGUGAAACCGCUGUAAGAAGUGAUUUCAAUUAACCUCACAGUUUGCAAAACAGCACCCUCCUGCUCUCCAUGGUUAGGAUGUCGGGAAGAGGUGCAGGGUUUUAAUAAGCUUAAUUAGCUCUGCUCCCAAUAAAAUUCAGCUCAGGUGUUCCCCAGGUUAGGUUGUGGUGAUCUGCAUCUCUCAUUGGAUUGGGAAAGGAGCACAGCUCUAGUAUUUUCUGUUCCAUAGGCCUGGUAAACAGGUGCUUUUUUUUUGUUUCUAAACUUGUGUAUGUGUCUAAUAUAUUUCUUUAAACAUUUGUGCUAUUGCUUUAGGAGUUUUAAGGUCUGCAAAUGUCAGGAGCUGGAGUCAAUGGUAGAUUAAUCAAAGAAAAACACAGUGUCAAUGAAGUUAACCAAAACCGUGCAGGCCUAGUGAUCCCAGCAACUCUUCCCAAUGAGGCAGCUGCAAGGACAGAAGGUUCCUGCCUUCCCAGUGCUCCCUAAGGCUUCUUCCCUGGUUCCUUCCCCAGCAGCCUAAAGCUCCUUUGCUUGACUCUUUGCUUCACCGCCAUCAUUUUUCUGUGUGUUCUAGGAGACUAGUGGGGAGGGGAGCUUGUCACAGCAGCAGGAGGAGAUCCCCUGGCUUCUUCAGCAACCUGCCUCAUCUUUGCCUCUUUGCCCCCUCCUCUCCAGCUUCUGAUUCCGGACUGCUCUCUGCCACAGUGUCUUCCUGCUCACUAAACCCUGUUACCUCUUCAGCUUCUGACACCUCCUCCUCCUGGUCUGCUCCCUCUUCUUCCUCUGACCAUUCAUUGUCAUCCCACCACCAAUCCCUUGGCUCUGAGCCUUUCCCCCCCCCCCCGGGCAUUCCCUUUGGGAUUCCCCAGCUGGUGCCUCUCAUCACUUCAUCCAGCCUCUCCAUGACAAAGGAGUGUGUGUGUGUGUGUGUGUGUGUGUGUGAGAGAGAGAGAGAGAGAGAGAGUGAUAGUGCAUGUCAUAGGUUUCCAUUUACGUGGAAUGUUUCCUACACUUAUAGGGAGUCAUAGCUUCUCCGCCAUCCACUCACAUGCUCAUUAAAUGACUCUAAUUGAAUAAAUGCUUUUGGAUUAAUCCACAUUGGGAUUUAACAUAAGUUAUUAAAUGGGCUGAAAUGCAAUGGUUAGUUUUAAUUAGAAAUGCAAAUAAUCUGGGGUCUCAAAGCCUAUACCUAUUGAGCAGGGUUGAGACAACAGUUGCAUGGAGGGUAAAAGCCCACCUCCAAACCCACAUUGGGGGCAAAACCCCUCCAAAGCCAUACCAUUCAAGGGAAUCUUUUUGGGGGUGUCAUAAGAGGGGAGAGGAAUCCUAAAAUGGGGCACGACUUAUGGUGAAAGGGGGUCAGCUGUCACUUUUAGUUUGUGAUGGAUGCAUACCUAUCAUGUUUUGGGUCCAUAAAUCCAUAAAUACUUUAGUUAGGUAACAGGUUCUGCCAAACUUAUAUAAAUGUUUGCAUAACUGCCUAAAAUUAUCUGAAAUAGAGGACUUCUGCUGAACCUGAUUAUUACCUAAGAGUGAAGGAACUUCCAGAUGAGCAAGGGUGAUAUCUGUUAGCUGAUACGCCUGGCAUUAUCUGUCUGAACCAGAACUGCAUGUCAUGUGUCACAUUGCUAGCAAUUUCAUUGGUCAACAAAUAGACCUGAAGGGGUUAUAUCACCAAUGUAGUGCAUGAGGGGGGAAAGAGAAAGGACCAAGCAAGAGGUCCUUUAACCAGACCAUUAACCUGACCAGACCAUUAACCUGUUUGGAGAUUUGAUCGAUCUCUCAGCGAGAGCUGUAGAGUUGGUGAGACAGUCUUGUUUUGUAGUAGAUAUUCAUGUAUAUUGUGUGAGCAAUGAAGGCUUUGAACUUUAUUGCUGAAUGAAGUAUUCCCUUGGGCUGGAGGGUCUCUGACUAUUUCUGGGAGAAAUAUGUAAGAUCUGCUGGAUGUGAUAUGAUUCCCUGAGCUCUGCAAUUGUGUACUAAGCAUCUGCAGAAGAGAGGUGAGGUGUGGUGACCCUGUCCACUUGCCUAAGACGGUUUGAUGUUUUGAACAAAUAAUAAUAAUAAUAAUAAUUAAUAAUAAUAAUAAUAAUAGUAUAUUUAUACCCCGCCCAUCUGGCUGGGUUUCCCUGGUGAUAUAUUGUGUGCAUCUUCUUUCUGCACAUUAGAUUGCAGAAGCUUUUCCAGCCCAGUUUAUUAAGUAAACAUUUAGGGAAUAAGUGCUCUGUUUCAUUAGCUGCUGCUUACUAGAGCUUUGGCAUUUGGUGGUUUUCUUUCGGUUUUUGGUUUAGCUGUUUAACGAAAGACUAAAUAGUUUCUGGGCUGUAUUCUCCCCCGAUAGAAUCUCCCUCUUGCCUUUUCGCUUCGUCUGAUAUAGUAUUAUUUCAUGAGAUCAAAUUUUGCUAGACCAAAAAUGUUAGGGGUGGGGACAACGUGUUCCUCAAUGUUAUUGUCCCACUUAGCACAUUUUCUAGUUCAGGAAGCAUUGGAUUUCUGCUUCUACCCUUUCCUCUCCAUCCGGUUUACAUUUUGCAAAUUUCUGAACUUAUGACUAUGCCAGAGGACAUGAAAGGGGUAAGAAAAUGCUUCUGGCUUUUCGACUGGCUUUCCCCCACUUGCUCAUGUGUCCAAAUGGAAAUAAGAUCCAGCUCACUCUUUCCAUCUUGUUUUCUUCAGAAAUUAUCUAUGCACAUCAUACAUGUUUUGACACUUGUAUAAUGGGAAGUGUGCUCUUCUCCAUAUUUGAGGGCUGUUUUACAGCCUAGGUUUGUUUCCUUAAGGGUGCCUGUAAAAUGUGGGCGGUAAAACGAUGUUGCAAGCACACAGAAAAGCCUGUUCUGUAUGUACGUGCACUACAUGGGUGCAUGAGGCAGAAAAUGGGGAGUUUACGGCAAGCAGAGGCUUGUUGGCUAACAAAGGUUUUGCCAUGUCCAUGUGAUGUAUGAAACAAUCCAAAAGAUGGGAAAUCCUGCAGUGAGGGCAGCAUAUAUUGUACCCAAAUCACUUCAGCCAAUUGUGUGGUGGCUGGAUUGCAAGGAAAAUGAGCAUAUUUAGAUUGGCAUUACUUUAACCCAUAAAAAAAUAGGCAGUUAACCUGCAGUGGUAAGAAUUUCCUCCAGGUGACCAGGAAGAGCAGAGAGUUGGAGGUCUCCCUCCUUAUCUUGAGGAUGGUGCAAGUGCAUGAAAAUUUGUAGAUUAACUAUGCAUUCAUUACCAGUAACUUUACUUGGAUACUUGGACCUAUUGCUCCAUGAUUUCUUAAAGAUGAAUGUUGUUAAGAGGCCUUAUCGCCCCAGCACUUAUCUGAAUGUUUUUCUUAUAAGUCUUCAGGCGCCUGAUAAAAAAUGUGGUUUGAUUUUCUGCAGACCUCAUUGAAUCUGUUCCUUUCUCUUCUGAGCUUUUAAUAACAAGCAAUAAUGCCUCUGUGUUGCUUUCUGUCACAUGCUUGGAAUUUGAUGAUUAAGAAGAGCCAAGUCAACAUGUCUCAAUGACCUCUUGCGAAAUCUUGGCCUGUCCUCCGAUUAUCGUUCAUUGCCACUUCAAGAAAAUAUCCACAGUGUUUCCGCUUCCCCAAUGAGCUCCAAAUUCUGACAAAGUGAAAAGGGCCUUGCAGUGUGGGCAUACUGUCAACCGAGGGACUGCUGAAGGGGUUUCUCCUUCUGAUCUCUUUAAGGUAAAGGGACCCCUGACCAUUAGGUCCAGUCACGGACGACUCCGGGGUUGCAGCGCUCACCUCGCUUUAUUGGCCGAGGGAGCCAGCGUACAGUUUCCGGGUCAUGUGGCCAGCAUGACUAAGCCGCUUCUGGCGAACCAGAGCAGCGCACGGAAAUGCCGUUUACCUUCCCGCCGGAGUGGUACCUAUUUAUCUACUUGCACUUUGAGGUGCUUUCGAACUGCUAGGUUGGCAGGAGCAGGGACCGAGCAAUGGGAGCUCACCCCCUCACGGGGAUUCGAACCACUGACCUUCUGAUCGGCAAGCCCUAGGCUCUGUGGUUUAGACCACAGAGCCACCUGCAUCCCUAAUGAUUACUUUAGCUUACUACAAAUUGUUUUAGCUGUGGAAGCAUUUUCAGGGAAGCAAAAUGUAAGACCAUUCAUGAGGGAUAAGGCUAGUCACAUUGGCUAUGUCCUCCCUCCACUGUCAGAGGUCCUGUGUCUCUGCAUACCCGUUGCUGUGGUCCACAAGUAGGAGGAGGGCUGUUGAGCUUCCCGUUGGCCUCUGCUGGCCUCUGUUAGAACAGGAUGCUGGACUAAAUGGGCCUCUGCUCUUAGAGACCUAGUCAAAGCAUUUCUUUCUUUCUUUGCAUGUUUCAUGUAUGCUGCUUGUCUGUGCUCAAAGCAAUUCACAAUUUAAAGUAACAUAACUUUAUAUGGUCUAAUGGACAGAAUACGGAAUGAAAUCUGGAUGGGGAGAAAAGCUGCCUCAGGUACCAAUUCUUGCCAUGCAAUGGCACAUGGCUCCAGCCAAAGUUCAAAGGCUGUUCAAUACCCCCAAUAAAAACACGUGUGUUGAAUAGCUGUGGUUGAUAACAUAUCUGUCAUUAUGGUCUAUGUUAAAGAAAUCAGCUUGGGGGAAAAGGUUCUUCCUUUUGCCAACACAGGUAAACAGCUCUUCCUUCUUGCUGAAGACAUAGUACUUGCCCUGUUUAACUUGCUCCUGUAUCCAGUAGGAAUGGACAAAUCUACUAGUUUGCUUUCUUUUGCGUUCUCACCUUUCCAGUCUCAAAUACAGCUUUUGCACAUUUCCACAUCAGUUUAUUUUUUAAAAGUUCUCUGGCAGAUUCACCAGCAUUUUAGAACAGUUUUCCUCCUAUAAACAUUUGCAACUUUGUUCUAAUCUUCGUAUUUUUGCAAAACAUGACGUAUUUUUGUGUGCAUGUCUGGAGAACUGCCUAGGAGAAGGGCAAAUUUAAAGAAGAAGAUGAAGAUGAAGAAGAAGAAGAAGAAGAAGAAGAAGAAGAAGAAGAAGAAGAGGAGGAGGAGGAGGAGGAGGAGGAGGAGGAGGAGGAGGAGUUUGGAUUUGAUAUCCCGCCUUUCACUCCCUUUAAGGAGUCUCAAAGCGGCUAACAUUCUUCUUUCCCUUCCUCCCCCACAACAAACACUCUGUGAGGUUAGUGGGGCUGAGAGACUUCAAAGAAGUGUGACUGGCCCAAGGUCACCCAGCAGCUGCAUGUGGAAGAACGGAGACGCAUAUGGAAGACACAUGUGGAAGACGCAUGUAGAGAUGCAUGUGGAAAGUGGAGACGCGAACCCGGUUCCCCAGAUAACGAGACUACUGCUCUUAACCACUACACCAUACUGGCUCUAAAGAGAUUCAGUUUGCCUAUUGUUUUGGAAUGUGCACAUUAGGUAGGUUUGCCUUUAAAUAAAACCCGAUUUGAAUUUAUCCACCAUCCCUAGUAGCCACUCAAGUGUGUCAAAGCAGUGUCUGUAAGAAAUACAGGUUCUCCAGACUAUUAAGGGAAUGUGGUCUAAACGUUGCCUAAAAUCCCAUAUCUGCUGGUGGGAACUCUGUGGGAAUGGCCUUGUUUGUUUUCACUUUGGGCUAUUCUGUGGCAACUUGGAUUCAACAGGAAUAGGUUGCAUGUAGAAACGUGUCUUGCAUAUUCAGAACGUUUUCCCAUAGAACGGAUUAUUUUUAUUUUUAUUUUAAAAAAUGCUGGCUCUAUUAGCACUUGAUAUGGGAGGGCUAGAAGCCUACCCCGCCUGCUCUUGACUGGGGGUGGGCAAAUAGGUCAGUUUCUCAUUUUUCUAGUCUUCAGUUUUCCACAUUUCUGCAUCAGAUUGCAAAUUGCUUUUUAAAAAAGUCUUCAUGAAAUUUCAUUAUUUCAGUGUGAGUUUCUCCUAAUAUUUGUAUGCCUAAAGCAUACAAUUUUUGCAAAGCUAUGCUCCCCAAUUUUGUGCAGUGUUGCAUGUAUGUUUCCACUAAUAUGUACAUGGCUAUGCACACUGUACCUCAGUAUGCACAUUUUUAUGCAUUGUUUGCCUGAAGAGCUGCAUUGCAAAAUUCAGAGCUGUGUGAAUUUUAUUUUAAAUGAUAUUUAUUAAAAUUUCAAAAGGAAAAGAUUACCUUAAAAAGAAAAUUAACAGUAAAAAGAAAAAAUACAAAAUAUAAAAUACAAAAAAUAAAAACCAAUUAAAAACAAUUCCAUCUUUUCAUCACUUCUUUUACAUUUACUUGUUUCCCAGACCUCCUCAUACCUCCCUCUUUUGUAUUCCAAUUCAAUUUAUUAAUCCAGCGAUUCCUUUCCCUCCUUUUUAAUCCUAAUCUUUAAUCCUGAUAUAUUAUAACAUUAAGUUUUUAGAUAUUAAAAACCAAUUUUCCAUAUUCUUUUAUACCAUUACAGCUAGAAACCACUUAACUUCAAUCCAACAUCAUUCUAACAUUCAUUAAUUUUACAAUAUUUCUGUAAAUAGUCUUUAAAUUUCUUCCAAUCUUCUUCCACCGACUCUUCUCCCUGGUCUCGGAUUCUGCCAGUCAUUUCCGCCAAUUCCAUAUAGUCCAUCAUUUUCAUCUGCCAUUCCUCCAGCGUGGGUAGAUCUUGUGUCUUCCAAUGCUUUGCAAUAAGUAUUCUUGCUGCUGUUGUAGCAUACAUAAAGAAAGUUCUGUCCUUCUUUAACACCAAUUGAUCGACUAUGCCCAGGAGGAAGGCCUCUGGUUUCUUCAAGAAGGUAUAUUUAAAUACCUUUUUUAAUUCAUUAUAAAUCAUCUCCCAGAAAACCUUAAUCCUUGGGCACGUCCACCAAAGGUGAAAGAAUGUACCUUCAGUUUCUUUACAUUUCCAACAUUUAUUAUCGGGCAAAUGGUAGAUUUUUGCAAGCUUGACUGGGGUUAUGUACCACCUGUAUAUCAUUUUCAUAAUAUUCUCUCUUAGGGCAUUACAUGCCGUAAACUUCAUACCUGUGGUCCAUAACUGUUCCCAGUCAGCAAACAUAAUAUUAUGUCCAACAUCCUGUGCCCAUUUAAUCAUAGCGAAUUUCACCGUUUCAUCCUGGGUAUUCCAUUUCAGCAGCAAGUUAUACAUUCUUGACAAAUUCUUAGUUUUGGGUUCUAACAGUUCUGUUUCUAAUUUUGAUUUUUCCACCUGGAAGUCAAUUUUCUUGUCCAAAUUGUAUGCCUCAGAGCUGUGUGAAUUUUAAAUGGCUUCUUUUCGGUUUGCAUCUUGUUUUGAAAAGUGCAAAUUAGGUAGAUGCCUUUAAAUUUUUAUUGAUUUAUAUUGAUUUAUUAAAUUUGUACACUUCCCUUCACCCAUAAAUCUCAGGGCGGUUCACAGCAUAAAAAUACAAGAUAAAAGCACAAGAUGAAGUGAUCAAAUUUCUGUACUGAUGACAAUUAUUUUAUUACUUUAUCAAAGCACGGGUAGCUAGCACGUUUGGGGGACUAAGGGCUGCAACAUCAUAAGUUGUUGGCAUUUGUCUGUCUUGAGGUGAAUGGAGUGAUAGCAGCACCAAAGUGACCUCCUUGGGGUGCAAGGCUGGGCAUGGAGGUCCUGGGCUGCCCACACGAUACCCCACCCUCCUCAGCCUCACUGAUGUGGUCCAAAGGAAAGCAGAGCAAGAUGUUUGGCACCAGCUUGGCUGAAGGACUUGCCAGAAGGAAGCGUGCAAGGCGCCACUCAACCAUCUUAGGCACUCCACUUUGGAUUUGUGUAGGGUUUACUCCUCAGUCCUUUCUUCUCCUGAAGAUGUCCCUGAGCUGCCUUCUCAGGCGGAUAAGCCCCAUCUGCCCCUCAAUUUCUUCUACAGCACAUUCAGAAACCACCUUCUUGACUUGGACCCACUAUUGGUCUCCUCCGCUCAAUCCACCAGAGCCUUUAUUUGCAUGCAGGGGGAAGUCACCCCGGGUUUUAGACCCAUCAGCUACCCUCACCUGGUUUAGCUGGCCAAUAGAAGCCACUUCCCAGGGUGUGGCCUGCUGACAGCUUCUCAGAACCACAAGUGAGAGCUGAAUCCGGGGUGGGGAACGUGUCCCCUGCCAGAGGUACUACUCUUUCCCUAACACCCCAUACACCCCACGAUAUGUUGGUGUGGCCAGGGAAUAGAAACAGGCAUGGCAAGAACUGCUGUUCUCAAAGCUGCCUUCCAGAAGAUCUUAUCAGCUAUUCAACAGUAUUUUAAGCCAUUUUAUUGCUCAUUGUUUUGUUUUGUAAGAGACAGUUUGGGGGCCCUGCAAAACACUUUUGGUAUCACUAUGAGGGAUCUCCAGAAAUAUUAAUCUUUUUCAGAAUAAAACUAUUUUUAAAUGACAAGCUUGGGGGAGCCUUGAUGGCCUUUGCCUAUUUUUUUAGGGGGUCACAUACAUCCCACAGGUUGGUCGUCCCUAUACCACUGAAUUAAGUUCAUUCCAUUUUAAGCAAAGUUUAAGUUUUAUCCUGCCUUUCAGCAGAGAUGCCUUUAAAGUAGCUAAUAAAUCCAGGCAGUUGAAGUAACAAAUGUUAAAAUAGCAUAAAAACAAAGCAGAAGUAAAUUGUAAAAGCAUACCAAUUGUAUAAAAUCACGAGACACAAGGUUUUUAAAGGUGAUAAGGUUAGGUCAGCUUUCUUGGGGUGAGCACUCUAGAGGUGUGACUGCAAGUAGACCCCUUUCUUGGUUGCCAGCUGUUUCUGGAAACCAGUGCUGACCUUUAUAUGCUCCCUUUAUCCUGUUUGAAAUAAAUUCAUUGUCCUGUUUGCUUCAUAUCUCAAAGGGAAGGUGGUAACAGGUCUUCUCACAGUUUUCUGACAGUUCAUUGCUUCUCUGAUGUUUGCAGAAAGAGUCAACUUCCUUUAAAUAGAAAAAAAAAAUAGAGGUGGGUGAUUAGAACAAUAUAAAAACAGAGAACACAGCAGAGAUACCACGGGGCUAGGAAAUAGUUCCUCUCCCCUGAACUACAGAAGUGGACAGGGGUGCUAACUUGAAUAAAAUAUUUGGGGGGGAGCAACAUAAUCCAUCACAAGACAUGGCGCAUGCAUGCCAUUUGGAUGGCAGUGCCCAUCAACUUGGGGCUGCCCUCUCAAAUAUUUUAUUGGCGGGUGAAGGGACCUCAGCCCCUAGGAGUUGGUUCCUAUGGAAGUGGAUAUUUUUUUAGUAGUUGCCAUUUCCUGGUCGAUAGCCCUCAAACCCCAUAGCCCUACAGUCUGUGGAGUCUUCAUUAUGCACCCAUCUGGACCUUGUGAAGCAUCAACAUUUAAUGACCUGCCAGUUGUUUGUGAUAUAAUCACAAUAUGAGAUACAGCUUACAAGCCCUGGCAGGUCAUAAAGCACAUGACUGGUGGGCUGCCUUCAGAUUGGUGAGUCACACAAUUUGUGUGUCCAUACUGGGUAAUCACUAGGGAUGGGAAAAUGUGUCAAUUUUGAUGUUUCCCAGUUUCUCAUUUUUCCCCAAGUUUAAAUUCCGUUCUCCAGAUUUAGGCAAGUUUGUAGGGGAAAAGGUGUCAGUCUGUUAAUUGCAGCAUAGCAUAGCGUUAAUGUUAAAAAAGCAGUCGUAUUAACUUUGCAACACUGACUUUCAGACAUUGUGUAUGCAACCGUGAUAGAAAUAUAAUGGUGUUUAUUUGGUAUCCUGGGUUUAUCUGUUCUUUGUCCAAUGUAGGAAACAGGGUGCUGAACUGCCUUUUCUCUGACCAAGCAGGGCUCUUGUGUUCUCAUGAUCUGAGUAAUUGUUGAGCAUGUUUGUUAUGGCUUUAGACAUGACGGCCUGACAAGUCCCUGAGCUGGCUGCACCACUGCAAAUCCACGUUCUUUGGGUUCCUAAGAGGUCUCUUGAGCUAGGGUGUUGUUGUCUUUCAACCUACCCCAGCUGUUUCCAGUUUGGCACCCUUAUUUGCGGAAGCAAAAUUGGUGUGUUUAAAAUUGGAAACAGAGAAUUUCAGAAGGGCAACUGUGCAGAUUUAGGCAGCUGUGAUAGCAUGUAUGAAAUAAGGUUGAGUGGGGUGAUGGUGUAUCAUACACAAAACCCUAACUAGAGAGAAAAGCUUUAUGUCCCUUUUCCUUUUUUAAAAAAAGAGGAAACUCCCUCUAGAGCCAAGGGAUCUUGUGACUUUGCUUUCUUUACAAGUCUCUCUUGCUGUCACAGCCUGAGCCAGCUUUGCUUUGCUGGCAUGCUUACUUCUCCCCACUGCGAUGCCAUUGCAAAAGUGUGGCUGUAACCACUGCUUCCUGAGAGGGUGUGUCUGUUUGGGAACAGGGAUGUAAUUACAGGGAGCGCUUGCUUGUCACACCGCAAGCAGGCUACAAGACCUUAAGGUCUGGAGCAGUCAGUUCAUUAUGCUUUCAUCUCAUUUCUCUCUCUCCCCCCCCCCCAUAUAAUUUCAAAAAGUGAAGUUGAAUAAUGACACCCCCUUUUCCCAAACAGUCUCAUCUUCAGUUGCAUUUUAACUGAAUGCUUAAAAAAGGGCAGAAGAGAGCAGAUUGUGUGCCAGCCAGGCUGAGAGAGGAUCGUACAGUGUCUCUGUCAAGACAUUUCUCUGAGUUGCUGUGCCUUCCUUCCUUCCAUUUCCUCUUAUGAUGCAUCCUUUGCUCCCAUCAGAUCUUAUCACUCUAGGCAGCAAUCUCUUCCUUUGGCAGCUGUUCAGCAGGUAGGUGAGUGGCUAGCAAGUGUGCUGCUUCAGCCUGCUCAUCUGGUCUGAGCAGGUGUGUCUUCUCUUUCCUUGUCUCUCAGUGCUGUUGUGGACCAGAGUCUCCAGGCAAAACUGAAUCAGCCUCCUUGAAGGAAGCAGCAGCUCCACAGUUCUCCUCCAGUGUGAAGUUAGUGGAGAAAAGGAAGAGGACUGGAGACAAUCUUGCUGGUGGGUUCUUAAGAGGACACUGUAAGGAGGGGAAGGGAGUGUGUUUACUUGAGACAGUGGUAAUGUUCUCUCUGUAAACAGAGAGUUGGCUUGGGACCCAGUUGCCUAAAGGAUCACCUCCUCCCACGCACACCUGUGUGGCCUCUCUGGAUGCUCUCACCAAAGGACAUGUGCUGGUGGCAAUUAGAGAAGAGGGUCUUUGCAGUGGUAGGACAUGGCUGUGCAAUUAACUUCCAAGACUAGCACUUAUGGUGAAGACCUUUUCUAGUCUUCUAAUCUUUUCUAUCUUGAAACAUUUUAUAGUAAUAUUUGAAGAUCUUUUGGGUGUUCUUGGAAUUCUUAAGGUGUAUGAUAUUUUGGUGUUCCUGGUUUUAUUUGCUGCAUAUGGUUUUCUGCUCUCUCUUUUUCAGUGGUUUCAGAUCCUGCAUUAGCAUUGGAAGCUGCCUGGAGAACCUUUGGGUGA